CGGCGCCGAUGUCCCCAAGCCCUCUGGGAAGUGGAGUCCUUCCGCCCGGACCCCCGACCCGGCGCUGUCGCCUCCAAGUGCGCAGAUGCGACUCCAGGCGGAGCGGCGUCGAGCUCGAGCCUUUUGUGUCCCCGCGCUCCGUGGUUCUGGCCGGCGGCCCCGUCCGCUCCUUCAGCCGUCCGGGAGAGCGCAGCCCACGAGGACCCCGCCCCGUGGCCAGAGCGGGGCCCGGAGCAGGUCCGGGGAGUUUCACAGCGGAGUUGGGUGAUUUACAGGAAGAAGCAGGUUAUGUGUUGCUGAGAAGUCCAUUUUCAUCUCAUCAGAAACAGUAUAUACUGAGAAAGAAAUAGCAGGACAAGGAAGAAAAGCUGAUCAUGGAUUAUCUUACCAUUGAAGUUGAGCCAACAGCCAUGACUACUGAUGCUUCUCUAACCCCAAAACAGAGCACAGAAGAAAUGGAACCUACUGUUGAACUUCUUCCUGUUGAGUUCCAGGAAUUGAUGACAGUCAAAGAUGAGGAAAUGGACUUCACGCAUGAAGAGCUGGAAGAGCUGAAUUCUGCCCACAGGUACAUGGGCAUGGAUAUGAAGGUGGAUAAUUAUGGAAGCCUAGUAUUUUGGGAUUCUGAAUCUAUGCCUGAAACUAAAGAGUUUUUUUCAAAGCAGGAAGUUUAUGAAGAGGAAUCACCUGAAAGGGAACUGGUAAUAGGAAGACUUGAAAAGGAUGAUUCCUGGGGCUCCACAUUGUUAGAAGCCUGGGAAUGUGAACACUCAUUAGAAAGGCAUCCAGGAAAUCUGAAGAAAGAUUUAAGGCCAGUCAUAAUCAAACGUAAGAGAAAAACUACAGAGCAUUAUCAUGAAAUUGGGGAGAGCUCCAACCCAAUUAAACAUCAGAAAGUUUACCGGGCGAAAAAGCGAUGGGAAUGCAAUGUAUGUGGGAAGUGCUUCAGCUACUGUUCAGCCUUUGUCUUACAUCAGAGGAUUCAUACUGGAGAGAAGCCCUAUGAGUGUAGUGAGUGUGGAAAGGCCUUUAGCCGGAGCUCAUCACUUAUUCAGCACCAGAGGACUCACACUGGAGAGAAGCCUUAUGAGUGCAGUGAAUGUGGGAAAGCCUUCAGUCACCGGUCUGCCCUUUUUCAACAUCACAUCAUUCACACUGGAGAAAAGCCCUAUGAGUGCAAUGAGUGUGGGAAGGCCUUCAACCAAAGCACAUACCUCAUUCAGCACCACAGAAUACACACUGGCGAGAAACCCUACAAGUGUAAGGAAUGUGGAAAAGCUUUCAAUGACACCUCUUCCCUCAUUAAACAUCAAAGGGUUCAUACUGGAGAAAAACCCUAUGACUGUAAAGAGUGUGGGAAAGCCUUCAGUGACCGGUCAGGUCUUAUUCAACAUCAGAGAACUCAUACAGGGGAAAAGCCAUAUGAAUGUAGUGAAUGUGGAAAAGCAUUUAGUUAUUGCUCAGCUCUCAUUCAACACCAAGGAACACACACUGGGGAGAAACCUUACAAAUGUAUCGAGUGUGGGAAAGCUUUCAGUGACCGGUCAGCUCUUGUGAGACAUCAGAGAAUUCAUACUGGAGAGAGACCUUACAAAUGUCAAGAAUGUGAGAAAGCCUUCAGCCAGAGCUCAUCCCUUACAAAGCACCUGAGAACACACACUGGAGAGAAACCAUAUAAAUGCAACAAUUGUGAGAAAGCCUUCAGCCAGAGUUCAUCUCUUAUUCAACACCAGAAAAUUCACACAGGAGAAAAGUCCUACAAAUGUAAGAAAUGUGAGAAAACCUUCAGUGUCCGUUCAGCCUUCCAUCAACAUAAAAAAAUUCAUGAUGGAUAGAAUGUACUAAAUUCACAAAACAUUCAUUUUCUCCUGAUUGUAUAGAUUUGUUUAAAAUAUUCUAGGGCAUAUUAAAAAACAUAAUGAGGCUUCUCUGGAGGCUGAGGCAGGAGGAUCACGAAUUUGGGGUGAGCCUCAGAAAUUUAGCAAGAGACCCUAAGUCAAAAUUUUAAAAAGGGAUAGAGUUGUAGAUUAGUGGUAGAGUGCUGUUGGGUUCAAUCCUCAGUACCACAAACGAACAAAAUACCAAAAAAAAAAAAAAAAAUCAAAGAAAACAAACAAGGGCUGUGUUGCAUAGUCACUAGCCCUCUUCCUUGAAAUGUUGCUAUGUAUGGAAAAGACUAAGAAGCAGUAAAUAUGAAUAUCUAUGAUCUUUUUAAAGAACACUAUUAGAGGAGCUGGGGAUAUAGCUCAGUUGGUAGAGUGCUUGCCUUGCAUGUACAAGGUCCUGGGUUCAAUCCCUGGCACCACACACACACACAUACACACACAGCCGUUAGAAAAUGGAACAUCUGAUCAUGAGAUGAAUGCCAUUACCUAGAAAGAGGACAGUGAUUAGGUGGCAACAAGGCCAAGGUGUUUUUGGUACAGUUGGAGGAUUGUUGGUUUUGCUGAGGCAGGGGACACAUGAAGUUGUGAAAAGCUGAAGAUACUUCCCAUUAAAAUUGUGGGGCAUGCCAGGCAUCUGUUAACCUAGCCAUUUGGGAGGCUGACACCUCAGGAAGGAAGACCAUGAGUUCAAGGCCAGCCUCAGCAACUUAGCAAGGCUGUGUGUCAAAAUAAAAAAGGGUUGGGAAGUAGCUUAGGUGUAGAGUGCCCCAGUACCAAAAAAAAAAAAAAAAAAAAGUAAAUGCUGGGGAUGUGGCUCAGUGGUUGAGCACUCCUGAGUUCAAUUCCUGGUACCCCCCACCUCCAAAAAAAGCAGAUGGAAAAAUCCUUACAAAAAUUUGGAAAAGUGAAAUUGCAUGAGAAGUUUUAAAAGAUACCUGAUUUCCAGCUCCAGAGAUGCAAAUGAAACCUGAUAUGGUAGUACAACCUGGGCACCAGGAAUUUUUAAACUCCUCAGGUAAUUCCAGUAAAUAGCCAAAAUUAAGAACCAUUGAUUUAGACUGUGCACAAGGAUUAGCUGCAGCUGAACAGAUAACACUCAACAUAAGCUCUUAAGAUUCUUUUGCCUCCUUGUUUCUGUUUUUGCUUAUUACAUAACAUCUCUGACCUGGUUUUUUGAUCCCGUUACUUGGAUCUUUUUUGUUCUGACUUUACACGGACUGACCUACUUGAAACUAACUUUGUUUCUGCCCCGGACUGACUAUCGCCAAUAUGCUCCUUCAAACCUGUUUAUAGCCCUCAACCACAUCUGUGUAUCAAAUUGGGCUUGCUACACAUGAUCUAGUGGUGGCAAAUGUUAACCAUGAAAAACAGCUAAGAGGGAUACCUACAAACUAGAAAUCAGUAAAGAAGACAAAGUGACUGGAAGGGACUUUUGGAGUUAAAAAUUUGAUUCCAGCUACAUAGUUUUUGUUGUAGCAUUCCAUGAAAUUAUAAUAAAAUUUAGUUGUAUACACAAAUGAAUAUAGGAUUUCAAGGAAGGCAUGUGGUAGGAAGGGCAAAUCAAGAAAACAAUGGAGCUAGACAUGAUGGUGCAUGCCUGUAAUCCCUGUGGCUAGGGAGGAUUGCAAGUUCAAAGCCAGCCUUAGCAACUUAGGGAGACCCUAAACAACUGAGUGAGAACUUCUCUCUAAAUAAAAUACAAAAUAGGGCCUGGGAUGUGGCUCAGUGGUUGAGUACCCCUGAGUUCAAUCCCCAGUACGAAAAAAAUGAGAAGAAAAAAAUGAAAAAGGUCAACAUCUAUUUUUAUAAUCUUACAGGAAUGAGCAAAAUCUUACUUCAAAUUGAUUUACUCACGCAGCUGCUCUGCUAGACAUGGGGGAGUGGAGUAAUUUUUUUUUUUUUUUUUUUUUUUGCGUGGCUCCUACACUCAGGGAACUUGCAGUUGGUUUCAUUGUAAACCUACCAUCAUAUUCCAACAUCAGAGGGUGUGCUGGGUCCAGCAUUCUGUCUCCCAUGGUUUCUCUGCAGUGCAGGAAAUUCUUUUUAAGCAGAAUGUUUUUCUUCAACAAUACUCAUUAUGUUCUCAUUAUUCCUUAACAGGACUGGGGAUAUAGCUUAGUUGGUAGAGUGCUUGCCUCACAUGCACAAGGCCCAGGGUUCAAUUCCCCAGCACCACAAAAAAAAAAAAAAAAAAAAAAAUCAAGCCAUAACAGUAUAAGAGCAGACCCUGGAGUCCAUAGACCUUAGUAAACCAUGAUGGUUCUAUAACUUAUAUAGUUAGCAUCAUAAUACUGUCAAUUUAGGUAAUAGAUGGAAGUGUGUGUUUUGAAGGAGAAUGAUGAAAUCCAGUACAGUGUAGAUAGUGACGUGAGUAUUAAAGAAUUAUCUCAAUUGAAAAAGUUCUAAUUUGGUAGAAGCCUCAAGGUAGGUGUGGAGGGUAACCUUAGUAUUCUUCCACUGAAGCCCUUGGGGUGAUUUUUAUCUGUCCUAGAUUAUUUCAUCAUGUUUAUUUUCCCUUAGAUCCUCAAAGAUUCAGCUUGCUUUCCUUUUUUAAAAUUUGUUCUAAUUAGUUAUUCAUGACAGUAGAAUGCAUUUUGAUGCAUCAUAUGUAUAUGGAGCAUAAUUUCUCAUUCUUCUGGUUGCACAUGAUGCAGAAUCACAUAGGUCAUGUAGUCAUAUGUUGCUUUUCUUUAUACAGCCAUCUUCUGGGAAGGUUUCCUUCCUCCAUUGGAGUAGAAUGAUACCACCUUAGCUCCUCUACUCUCUUUGCUAACUGAUUGUCAAAAUAACUAUGCAGGCCCCUUUUAAGUUUUAUGGCUAAGUGGGAAAACAGUGUAUGUUUUGUUGUAUUUUGGGUACUGGAGACUGAACACAAGGGUGCUCAACCACUGAGCCACAUCCCCAGCCUUUUUUACAUUUUACUUAGAGACAGGGUCCCACUAAGUUGCUCAGGGCCUAGCUAAGUUGCUGAGGCAGUCUUUGAACUCAUGAUCUUCUGCUUUAGCCUUCUGAGUUGCUGGGAUUAUAGGCAUGUGCCACUGUACCCGUCUUGUUAGUUUGUUUUAACAGUAUCUUAGGUUCUUUAAUGUACAUGGUAAUAUGGCUCAAAACUGCAAAGAGCUUGGGGUUCCUAUCAUGAGGCCUGGACUAAACUGAGAUCGACUCCAGAAUGGACUGGUGGGAUUCUCAGCUUCUGAGAAGUGCAAAAAGGGAAGCAAAAUUGUUUAGCAGAUGUUGUGCAUUGCCUGGAAAUGUCAGUUGCCUUUUUAAAAAAAUUUUAUUCUUUAGUACUUCAGACUAAACCCAGAGCCACUCCACCAUUGAGCUACAUCUUUAGCCUUUUUUAUUUUGAGACAAGGUCUCACUGAAUUGCUGAGGCUGGCCUCAGGCUUGCAAUCCUCCUGUCCCAGCCUCCUGAGUUGCUGGAAUUACAGGUGUACACCAGCACACCUGUCUGUCUCUCUUUUUUCAUUUCAGUGGUACUGGAGAACCCAGGGGUGCUCCAUCACUGAACCACAUUCCCAGCCCGUUUUGAUUUUUAUUUUGAGAUAGGGUUUCAUUAAAUUGCCCAGUUUGGCCUUUAACUCAUGAUCUUCUUCCUUCAGCCUUGUGAGCUGCUGGGAGUAUGGGUGUUUGCCACUAUGCCUGACUUGUCAGCUGCCUUUCUAUACUCAUUUAAAAUGUCUUCAUAUGCCAAGAAUAUUCACAUUCUCUAAAAGGGGAAGUUACGGCUCCAAGGGUUCUACAGUUCACAUAAGAUUGCAUAGCUAGUAAAUGACAAGAUAAGAUUGGCUCCCAGGCUUGACUCUUCUCAUUCCCUUUGCAGGAUGGAUUAUCUGGCUUCCCUGAUUAUGCCCAGAGCUACCUCCAUGCCAUGGAAGCCCCUAGCUGGCAAAGAUAUCGAUAACUUCUGAUCAGGACCAUGAAAAUUAUUAUAUUAUAUUAUAGGUGACAGAAUUUAAGUAUCAAUUGGUCAAGGCUAAGAAAACAACCUGAGCAAAUAUAAACACCAGAAAUAGAAAUUGAAAAACCAAGCGUAGUUUAUCUAGAGGCAAAGCAAAUGGAAUGUCAGUGUCUAUGUCAAUGGAAUGUGGACCUCAUAGUCUUUUAGAAGAAAUCUCUGCUUGGAAUAUAAGGGCAACAACAGAAGAUAAAUGCCAGAUUGAGGCAGAUUUGGCCUUUGAUAGCAUACUAGGAAAUUAGAAGAAUACAAACAGAAAUGUUAAUACAAUAUACAGGGGAUCUGGUAGCGUUGGUCCAUAGUAUCAGGGAGCUCCUAGGUAUCCCUAGGCACUUUUCGUUAAGAGAUGAGGGCGCGAGGGUUGCAAUGUCAGCCACUGAGAGGCUGGUCUGAAACACAGGGUAAUAAUGACAGCCAGAAUAUAUCAACAGCUUACUGUGUACCCAAUACCAUUGUACCACUUCACGUAUGUAAACUCAUUUAUUCUCACAAAAAUAUACAAGUUUUCUGGGUGCAGUGCCAUACACCUGUAAUCCCAGUAGCUUGGGAGGCCGAGGCAUGAGGAUCUUGAGUUCAAGUCCAGUCUCAGCAACUUAGCAAGACCCUAAGCAAUUCAGUGAGACCCUGGCUAUAAAUAAAAUGUCAAAACAGCUGGGAAUGUGGUUCAGUGGUGAAAGUACCCCUGGGUUCAAUCCCUGGUACCAAAAAAAUUUACAAAUUAGAUACCUUUAUCACCUUUAUUUUACAGAUGAAGAAAUUGAGGCUGACAUGCAAAACUUGUUUUGUAUGGACAUAUACAAAAGUUGAUUGUUCAUAGAAUGGCUAAGACUUAUAAAAAUAGUAUAGAAAUGAAGAAAGAGACAACUCAUGUAGAUUUCUUAUAUUUUCUUUCCAGCUGUUUGUUCCACAGAACAUCGGGAUCAUUGUACUGUUGUAGUGAUGAUGAUUUUCUGUGUGUGGCAGGGAGGAUAUAUAGUGUUAGCUGAGCACAUCUAUCCAGAUUAAGGUAGUAUAGCUCUAGAGAGAUUUGUAACUUUGAUCUAUCACUGUGUCUGCUUUUGGAAACUUUGUAAUUACCAGGAGAGUAAAUAUUUAUCCUUUGACCAACUGAAGGGAUCAUUGUUACUAGUGAGCCAUGAUUUUGCCUUCAAACCUAAAAAUAUGACUAGUCAAAGAACCAAACAAAAAACAAAACAAAACAUGGGGAUGGGGUUGUGGCUCAGUUGUAGAGCAUUUGCCUAGCAUGUGUGAAGCACUGGGUUCAAUUCUCAGCACCAUAUAAACAAAUAAAAGUAAAAAACAAACAUUUUUAAAAAAUUAACACUAAGAAAGAGGAACUUUUUCAAGGUCACGGAAUCAAGAAUAGGGUGAAAUAUUUGGAUUUGAGCAACGAUGGGGACUAAAUGUAACCAUAUAACCCAAAUGUGUGGAUAGCCUCCAGAGGGCUUUAGGGGAGGGAAAUAUGUCAGGGAUUUGCCUUUAUUUCUUCCUGGGAAAGGAACCACUUUUGGCUACUAGGAGAGGGGUUCAGUAGGAGGUAUGACAGUAGGUCACAUAAAUUGUAGAACCCAAUAAGAGAUUUUGGAGGAGAUAUAUAUCUCCUAUCUACUAUCCAUUUAUAGAAUACCUUAGCAACAAAGAACAAAACAGCCUCCACUUGAUCUCCUCGUCUAGCCAAAUAGUUCUAGAGGUAUUGCUAUUCUUCUGGCUUAUGCCUUUAUCUGCUCGACCAAGAAGACUCUUAGAUUUCUGGACAAUUCUAACAGAAAAUUCUCCCUAAUACUGUAUGUACGGUUUUCUCUAUAAUGUCCACUUACUGUUCUUGGCUCUGCCCUCUGAUGCCAAACGACAAAUCAUCCUUCCACGUGAAAAAAAUCUUUUUUUAUUUUGAUAGUGGGUGACUAGGGAUUGAACCAGGGGCACUUUAGCGCUGAGCCCUUUUUUAUUCUGAGAUAGGGUCUUGCUAAGUUACUGAAAGCCUUGCUGAGUUGCUGAGGUUGGCCUCCAAAAUUGCAAUCCUUCUGCCUCAGGCUCCCAAGUUGCUGGGUUUUUAGGCAUGCACACUGUGCCGGCAUCCCUCUUCUUCCCCUGGUACUGGGAUUGAAGGCAGAGGUGCUCUACCGCUGAGCAACUUCCCAGCUCUUUUUAAAUUUCGAGACAAGUUCUCACUAAAUUGCCCAGGCUGAUUUGGAAUUUGCAGUCCUCCUGCCUUAUUCUCCAGAGUCUCUGUAGUUUCAGGUGUGUGCCACCAUGUCCAGCCCACAUGAGAAAUCAUUAAACAUUUAAGGACUGAUAUGCUGAUUCCCCUAAAUAUCUCCUCAGAGGAAAUGUCUCCAGUUCCAUAACCAUCAUUUGUGUAGUCCUUUGUAAAAGCCAAUUAGCAAGGUAUAAUUCAUAAAAAUUAGAUUAAUAGAUUAAUGAUAUCAGUUGCUAUUUUGAUCAGAUGCUUUAAUUCUUCUCUUGGUUAUUAUUAUUUAACUCAGUACUGAGGAAUUUUUCAAUGUUCCUUUAAAUUGAUUGAAAUAUUCCAGAUGUAGUGUUAUAAAUUUAAAAAUUAAUAUGAUUAUUAAAUAUUAUAAGUAUAAUAAAUGUGGUAUAUUAAAACAUUAAUACCUUAACUAAUAAAAAUUAUUUAAUGUGUA